UAAGGUUAAACGAGAGGUAGAAGAAACCAUUGUUGGUUCCUAUAGCUAUAUAUACAUAAACUCUUCUCAUUGGAUGAACAGUGUUGUGUGUUUUGGUGCAUAUUAGAAGAAGAUGGAGAACUCAACUAGAGAGGGGUGUUUUAAUAAUAAAGAAGAGGUGGCAGCGCCACUACUACUGAAAAAGAGUAUCAAUGAAGGAGUAGUAUCAUCAGAGAGUGCAUUCUUGAAAGAGUUGAAGAGGGUGAGCUCCAUGGCGGCACCAAUGGUGGCUGUCACGGUGUCUCAGUACCUUCUGCAAGUGGUUUCACUCAUGAUGGUGGGACACCUUGGCGUUCUUGUUUCCUUCUCUGGAGUUGCCAUUGCUUCCUCUUUUGCCGAAGUUACUGGCUUCAGUGUCCUUUUAGGGAUGGCUGGUGCAUUGGAAACACUAUGCGGACAAACGUAUGGUGCAGAAGAAUUCAGGAAGCUAGGGAACUAUACCUGCUGUGCAAUCAUCACUCUGAUCUUGGUUUGUGUUCCAAUAACUCUGAUGUGGAUUUUCACUGAUAAAAUUCUCAUGCUGUUUAGUCAAGACCCUGCGAUUUCUCAUGCAGCAAGGGCUUACUGCAUACACCUGAUUCCUGCGCUCUUCGGCUACGCGGUACUUCAGUCCCUUAUCCGUUACUUCCAGACUCAGAGUAUGAUCUUUCCCAUGGUCUUCACUUCAAUUGCAUCUCUCUGUAUGCAUGUUCCUAUUUGUUGGUUUCUCGUCUUUAAAUCUGGGAUGGGUCACGUUGGUGCCGCGUUAGCCAUUGGAAUUUCUUAUUGGAUCAAUGUUAUCGCUCUUGGUUUCUAUAUCCAGUAUUCUUCGGCUUGUUCAAAAACCAAGAUUGUGUUUUCUAGAAACGCUUUGCUUAGCAUUGCAGAGUUCUUCCAAUAUGCUAUCCCCUCUGGACUCAUGUUUUGUUUUGAAUGGUGGUCAUUUGAGCUGCUUACGUUGCUUGCUGGACUCUUGCCUAAUCCGCAACUCGAAACCUCGGUUCUUUCGGUCUGCCUUAACAUAACUACAUUGCAUUACUUCAUUCCUUAUGCUGUUGGAGCUUCUGCAAGUACAAGAGUUUCAAAUGAAUUAGGAGCAGGGAACCCAAAGUCGGCUCAAGGGGCGGUUCGAGUGGUUGUGAUCAUAGGCAUUGCAGAGGCAUUCAUUGUCAGCACUUUCUUCAUCUUUUUCCGGAACAUAGUAGGAUAUGCUUAUAGCAAUGAUGAGGCAGUUGUGGACUAUGUUGCUAACAUGGUUCCCCUUCUUUGCAUGUCAGUUAGUGCAGAUAGCAUAAUGGGAACACUUUCUGGGGUUGCAAGAGGUGGAGGAUUUCAGCAGAUAGGAGCUUAUGUAAAUCUUGGAGCCUAUUAUCUUGUUGGGGUUCCUCUAGCAUUGUUCUUGGGAUUUCAUCAACAACUAAAAGCUAAAGGGCUUUGGAUGGGAAUUAUAUCAGGUUCAUGUGUACAAGUAAUCAUUCUUGCUGUUGUAACAGCAUUAACAGAUUGGCAGAAAGAGGCAACAAAAGCAAGGCAGAGAAUAGUUGAGAGAUCAAUUAAAACUCAUAAUAAUGGAUUGGUAUAAAGUUUUGAGAAAACCGGAAAGAAAUAAAAGAGUGGAAGAGAUAUUAUUCAAGUACUGAUAGUCUCUUCUUAUUUUUUUAAUUUUAUCGGUUUAUUCACUGACUCCUGCAGUGGGAAAAUAGAAAAUAGAGUUAGAAAUGUAUCUUUGUGUGUUUUGCUCUUUUUUCUAGUUUUUUUUUUCUCUUUUUUGGGUGUGUUAAAGACAUUUUUGUUAAUGGACUGUGAAAAGAUCUAAAUAUCUAAUUAUAUUAACAAUGCAACUAUAUGUGUAUGUAUAUAUAUGAGUCUCUACUGGAAUUGUAGGCUUGUAGCAAUGGUAUACGUAUAUGAGAGUGAAGACCAGAUGUCAGAAAUUUUAAUAUCAUGCUUCGGUUACAUGGAUUCUGGAUUUGGUCUAUCAAUUUUUUCCAUCAUUAUUUUGUUUCCACUAAUUAUAUAAUGUAAAACAUUACAUGAUUGAUUUCUUUUUUAAUGAC